GUGAGUGCCGUGCGACGAACGCACCCGAACGCGAUCUUUAUUCAACGCGAUCGCGCCUUCAGUCCGGAGGUGACCGCGGGCGGGGCGGCACGUGCUGUGCAUGCCUCGCGACAUUACAUUGUGUUUAUGUACGCCAUUGUUUUAAUUCAAUCCGUCUACAAUCAAUACGAUAUUGAAGUGAAAACACGGCCUAUUUGCUGCAUUCACUAGAAUCUAGUGCGAGAUCAGUGACAGUAAAAGUGGUCUUAAUGCAGAAUUUAUGGGAGACAGUAUUGACAAGUGAAACCCUAUCGUACAGUUCAUCUUUAGGAGGAUUUUGUUUGUGACAUUGUAUUUCGACUAUAAAAGUGUAGUGAUCUUUGUUGUAUAGCAUGCAAAUCAAUAAUCAAGUGGAUGCCCAGCUGUGAGUACGCGAGGGCUCUUACGGUGCGGUUUAUUAUACGGUUGCAUAUUGAUUGGUUCUGUACCGGGAUCACUGGAACUUGUCAUCCAAUUAACGAUUAAACCGUUCGUAGUUGAUAGCAUUGGUUUCUUAGCGUUGAAGACUGAACUACCGGCUUAAGAGGACAACAAAUACUAUUUAUAAAUAGAACUUACCAACACCUCGUGAUGAUGCGCUCGAAAGACAGUGUGAGAUAACUGCCGCGCGGCAACGAAGUAUGGGUGCUAACAUGGGCAAGAACUCGAGCCUGCUCGACGCGCUGCCCACCGCGCAGGGCACACUGCACGUGGUCAUGCUGGGUCUCGACUCCGCCGGCAAGACCACCGCGCUCUACAGACUCAAGUUCGACCAGUACCUCAACACCGUCCCUACCAUCGGUUUCAAUUGUGAAAAAGUCAAGGGAACCCUUGGAAAAUCUAAAGGAGUGAAUUUCCUCGUUUGGGAUGUUGGUGGCCAAGAAAAACUAAGACCUUUAUGGAAAUCCUACACAAGGUGCACGGAUGGCAUAAUAUUUGUGCUAGACUCCGUCGAUGUAGAACGAAUGGAAGAAGCCAAAAUGGAGUUAAUACGGACGGCGAAAUCUCCUGAUAACGCCAGUGUGCCGAUUCUUGUAUUAGCGAAUAAGCAAGACUUACCCGGGGCGAAGGAGCCUCGCGAGCUGGAGAAGUUGUUAGGUUUACACGAGCUGGUGUCGUCGCCGCACGGGUCGCGCGACGCGCACGCCUGGCACGUGCAGCCCGCCUGCGCCAUCACCGGCGAGGGCCUGCACGAGGGGCUGGAGGCGCUCUACGAAAUGAUACUCAAGAGAAGAAAAUUAGCCAAGUUACAAAAGAAACGAGUCAGAUAAACUGUACACCCGCGUGCAAACUGUUUGUGACAAGUCAGCUGUGCGGUAGCAACGGACAGUUCGUGAACGUUUAGUAUUUAAAAUGCUCAUGAAUGGAUGAUUUUAUAACGUCCGAGAUAGAGACACCAAAUAUUGUUUUACUAUAGAUGUAUAACGUCUUAUGAAAUAUUCCAUCAUCAUGUUGCUCAAGUUAUAUUGAACAUUUUGAAGGAAACGAAUAUUAUAAAUUAAAUGAACUACUAGUCAUUUUCUUUUGAAAAUAGCUAGGUGGAAGAUAAAUGUAGUGCUUUACUAAAUCUUUUAGAAAUGUCCAAUUAAUAUGACCACUGCUCGCUUAUUUACAUUGAUUAUAAUAUUACAGCUAUUACAAGGCCACUAAUCCGCGGUAAGCCUAAAUAUGCAAAUCUAACGAGAAGGUGUACAUUUUUAGAUUGUUUUAAUAGUCUGCAAAACGUGGCUCACACAAUAUUAUGUGGGACCAUUAGUGUUACAGUAUUUAAGUAACCUUAAUGCGUGAUAAGGAGAUGAACAUUUGGAGGUUUAUAAUAGUCAAGUGUCAAGUUUAUAUAUUAGUCAUGUCUGUGGACUUACUAGAUUUAUCCUUCUGAAUGUCAUAUUUUAUAUCAUGUGUGAAACUACCUUUUGUAGAGUAAUAACUUACAGUGUUAACUAUACUAAAGUUCGUACCUUUGAUCAGAACCUACUUUGUCAUUGUACCUAACUACAUAAGUACUUUAUAAAGGAGCUUCUUCACUCAGUCUUUUUAUGCAUCAGUGUGUAUUUUUAAACGUCUGUUGUGUAACCAGCCCCUCCUUACCAUAUAUCUGUAUAAUUCUUUGCUCUACUUUCAAUUGUAGCCACCACCUUAGUCCGUAUAGGCAUUAUUUACAAUUUAUAAAGAGGCUUGUACUAAGUUUAUGUUAGAAAGGCUUCAAGUUUUGUACAUACAUAUUGUAAAUACUUUAGGGAAUUAUAUCAUACGAAAUAAACAACGCAGAUAUGUAUGUCUUUCUAUUGCAAGUUUUUGUGCACAUUUAUACUGGUCGAUUAAUUGAUUUUAUGACUUCGGUAAUCACUGUUUUUAGGUUAAUUUGCUUAAGAAAUGCAAACACCAAGAACCUGCAUGCAAUCAACGAGAAUAAUGUUUCAGUAAAAUCGUUUAACAACGCCGUUUUAUCAGCCAACCAGAAAACGAACAUGAAAUGUCGAUAAAAAGCUUUAAACUUCUUACGGAAGAAAAUGUAUUGUCAUCAUUUGUCUAUUAAUAGUUUUAAUUAGUACCUAUUUAUUUAUUUACUCAUAGAAGUAUAACUUAAUGUUAAGAUAUAUGUAUUGAAUGAAGCUUUUACCAUUUUUGUGUUAGGUACUCACUUUGUAAAUAUGUAAAUUCCAAGUAGUUACUUGUCAAUACCAUGAAACCAAACAUUUUUAUGAGUAGAGCAUGUAAAUUUUGUUAUUGAAGUAUAUUUGUUUUAUUAUAUCUAUACAUUGCGUAUUAUUGUAUUGUGUUUUAUGGAGAUACAUAUACGUUUUUCAUAUUGAACCCCGUAAAUAAACUGUUUUCAUUAA